AUGUGCAAUGAAAGCUUUUAUAUUGGGUUUUGCUGUUUGGCUGCUCAAUUAUGUGAAUUCGAUGCUCGGGGGUGGCAUAUUGUUUCUUCUUCUGGGUGGUGUGCUGCCGAUCAGUUUUGUUUACUUGAAUUUUGGGAAUAUUCGUGGGUUCCCCUUUCUUUCGAUGUUUAUUUGCUUUUUUUUCAAAAUGGUGAAGGAACUGCUCAUCUGAUUCGAUUUGGACUUGGAGAAUCCUGGGGCUUCCGAUUUUCACUGCUUCGGCUUUCCAAUUCAACUACCAAUUUUUUUUCUUUCUCUUUUGCAUUUGAUUGCUUCUUUCGUGUCGGCUUCUCCAAUCCUAGCUCAAGGGCUCUGAUUUUUAGUUUCUGUAGUUUGCAAGGUGGGGCAGGAACUGUUCGUUCUGUUUGUCCGUUUUGCCUUCCUUGCUAUACUUGGAGCACAGAAAGUCAGGUGUGAGAAAUGGGAACGGGUGAGAGUGAGGACGGAGGUAGGCCAUUGCCGAAAUUCGGGGAAUGGGAUGUUAAUGAUCCUGCUUCAGCCGAGGGAUUUAUCGUGAUCUUUAACAAGGCUAGGGAUGAGAAGAAAACCGGUGGCAAACCCGAUUCUCCAGGAGGAAAGGGAGAUCCUCAUACUAAGGCUCCAAUGGAGCAUGGAAAGCCUCCUGGUAAGAAAUGGUUCUGCUGCAUCCAAAGUCCAGCCGCGGAAGCUUGACAAAUUUAUUGGCUGCAGAAGAAGCUGCUUCAUGGAACUGUUAUGUCGUCCCACCAUAUAAAUGUUUUUUCAAGAAGAUGAUAGGGGAGCUGUAGAGCGGGUGAUGAAUCCUCCUGGAGUUCGUUGUUCUUUUUCUUUUCUUCGUUUGGGUGUUGUGAAAACUGCGGGUUUUGGUGAGGGCAAAAGAAAAAUGAUUUGAAAUGCAAAGGUCAUUUGUAUCUUGUAAAGAUGCACUUUAUAUAUAUGGUCAUCCAAUCUGUUAUUUCCAUUUUCCUCAUGCUAUGAGCUUGUAGAGAGCUUUUGUGAUAUCUGCCCCUCUGAAUUCUUUCUUCUGUACUGGUGUCAAUUGGUUUUCGUUGCAAUAUAUAACCUUAUUCUUUCCAGGUUACUCUUUUGGCCACCUAAAAGACUCUGGUCUUGCUCAAAUUCAAACAGAUUUCUGUGG